UCACAAGUUAACCGAAUGCAGCAAGUCAUCCUGACUCUGUUCUAUUGCCAUUGUAGCUCUCACGGGGCUGUACUAGUGGUCGCCUCUCAGAGGGUGCAGUCACAUAUAAAUAGUCAACUACAAGCGCCUGCUUCUUAUUGUCACGUCGGACGCUUCUUUUUUUUUUUUAAUUCGAGCUACUACUACCCCCGACAAUACAAAAGACGGGACACAUGGACCCUGACAACACGAACGCGGAGGCGAAGAGGACGCUGCUGAGCCACGCCAAGACUCUGAGGCUGCACACCGGAAAUUUAGUCAACAGAACCCGCCUGAAGAAGAAAUGCCCGUGCUCGCCCGGCGAGGAGCUUCAAGAAUGCAUUCAAGCUACACUAAGCAGCUCGUUCUCCACAAUAGAAGCCCCGAAUGAGGACUUCCCAGAUGCACUGGAUUGUAACAUCCCCCAGGCCACAGAUGCCAUUGUACCUGAGGAGAGGGAUGAGCUUAAGGUUUCAGCCAAGCUGUUCCUCUUUGAGUCGGGUCAGUCGUCCAUCAGAGAUGCAGUGGAGAUGGCCUGUCAGACGCUGGCUGUGUCCCAGCUGGACUCGGUUAUCAUAGCACCGCGCAGGCUCCUGGGCAGCGAUGACCAAACGCUAGCUCCCCUUCAGCCAGCGUGGGAGGAGCUGGAGGCGCUCGUCCGCAGCCAGAGGAUCGCCGCCAUCGGCACCUCCGACCUGGACAAAGACCUGCUGGAACAGCUCUACAACUGGGCUCAGGUCAAGCCCAGCAGCAACCAAGUGAACCUGGCAUCCUGCUGCGUGAUGCCCCCUGAGCUAACCGCCUUUGCGAAAGAGUUUGACAUCCAGCUGCUCACACACAACGAUCCUACAGAGUUGAUAUCAUCGGCCACCUUCCGGGAGGCAAUGCAGGAGGGAACGCAGCACGUUAGCACGGCCGACUGGAGGCUGGAGUGGCUCCUGCGCUACUCCGUCAUCGUCAAGAGCCGCGGGAUCAUCAAGGCCAUGGGCUACCUGUUCAGCGCCAAGAAGGCGGAACUCUAGCGGGAUGCGGGACAAGCGGGGGAUGAACCCAUUAUCAUAUUUUCCAUUCAUCACCACAUGCAAAGUAAACGGUCUCCAAACACAGAAGCUGCCAAUCAACUUGAACGUGCCCAUCGCAAAUUUACUGUCGCAUACUCUCAGAAAGUUGUCAUCACAAUCACAAUGGAUUUUAUUGCCAUUGUCCAUGAAAGGUAUAGUCAUGACUAAGAUUAUUUUUUCGGUCCAAUGAUGCAAUAUGAAACACAGACGGAACUAAUAGUAAACAAGUUAAAAAUACAUAGUAUUUGUAAAAUUCAAGUAUCGGGUCAUUUCCAUAUAAUCCUAUUAAUAACGAUAAAAAACCGUGAUUCUUUUAGGUUUUUUUUUCAUAAUUUAACUAUUGUUUUAUUCUGCCUUGGUUUAAUAUGUAUAAUUGUCUCCCUUGGUGAAAUAGCCAUGCUUAAAGUCAUAUUUUCAAAGGGUUAUUGAUUUAAAAUUUUAUAAGCAGUGGGUGUAAGUGUGAAGUUUAGCGCAAUUAUGAUAGUGAGAUCAUUUAUUUUGAGCCGAAUCACUUUUGGAAUGGGGGGGGGGGGAGACAUACUACUCUCAAAAAGUUAGGGUAAUCCAGCUUUUGGGUGAGGUUUUAGGAUGAAACUAAAAUGGACUAUAAGCGUUACAACCUUGUCACAAUGUGAAUUUUGCCGUUCAGCUACUUUAAAAGAAAGUUGUGCAAAAAGUACUGAAAAAUUGAACAGUUGGACUGCAUUUACAAGUUUAGCAAAGGUUAUAUUUAUUUCAUUUUUAAGGGUUGCAUUGCAUUAUGGAUUCUUCCUGAAAUUCUACCCCAAAAGUUCAAUAUCCCUAACUUUUUGUGAGUAGUGCAUGAAAGUGGGCCUUUUCCGGUACAUUUUAUUUUUUGUGUGUGCACAUGACAAUACACAAAACAUACCUCUAAUCCCAAACAUAUAUGUUAACAUCUCAGGAUGUUGCAGUAAAUGGGAAGAAAAAUGCAGCUAUCUGCAAUCAAAUGGUCUGGAUGGUGUCAUAAAGACAACCCUUCACUGCUAACCUUUCUGAAGUAGUUUACGUGAAUAAGCGUUGCCUUGUGACUUGUAGCUUUACAUCAAUCGUGAAGUGGUUUCCUCGGCCCUGUUCAAAUGUGAAGUGCCUCACAGCAGCUGAUCGUCUCUCAUAUCAACUUGUAUCAUCAAGCGUUCAAUAGCUCAAGAGACUCCAAAGUAAACAUAAGAGGUGAAUGUGUUUGUUUUUUUUUUUUUUUUUUAAAUAGUGCUGGUGAUACUGAAAUGACAUCUUUUAGAAGGCAUUUUUAUUUAUGAAUCAAUACUCACAUGAUCUGAUAAUUUUUUUAAAUAAUAUCUGCUGUACUGGAAACAUUACCUCUACUGUCAUUCAUUAGUAUGUCAUAAAUUGGCUUUAUUAAAAUGUAUAUAAAAGACUACUGUUGGUUGAUUGA